AAGUCAGCUUAUUCUUAGAUUUCUGUGUGCGAGACCGAUUUGAAGUUCUUGAAAACAUUUCAAACAAUUGAAUAAAAUUAUUUUGUUGGCUUUUCUUUCGAAGACUUUUGCUGGUUAUCAAAAAAUUCCUGCUUUUCAUAAAAAUGGAGCCACCUAAAGACAAAUGGAAUUUGGUGCUAUUAAUAUUUAUUGUACACGGUAUUGGGACGUUAAUGCCAUGGAAUAUGUUCAUUACCGCUAAAAGCUAUUUUGUUGACUACAAGCUAGAAAAUGAUUCAAACUCAACGAGUGCUUCAAAUUAUGCAGCGAAUUUCCUCCAAUACAUGGGCUUCGCAGCGCAAAUUCCGAAUGUGGUAUUUAACUGGCUAAAUAUAUUCCUCAACUUGGGUGGAAAUUUGUCAAUACGAAUGGGGAUUAGCAUACUGGUGGAGUUGGUAUUAUUCGUGAUAACGGUUGUUAUGGCCAUGAUCGACUCGUCAAGCUGGCCGGGAGGCUUCUUUUGGAUAACAAUGGCUAGUGUGGUUAUCUUAAAUAUUGCUGCGGCUGUUUAUCAGAAUACCAUAUACGGAAUGGUUGCAACGUUCCCCUUUCGAUACACUGGCGGCGUUAUAUUGGGGUGCAAUAUAUGCGGCCUCUUCGUAUCUUUAAUAAGCAUUGCGAGCAAUUACAUAUUUUCUACAAUAAGGACAGCAGCAAUCUAUUACUUCAUAACAGCGAUGGUGGUUUUACUGCUGUGCUUCGACACGUUUUUUGCAUUGCCACUAAACAAAUUCUUCAUAUACAACCAACUUUCAAGAAAAAAAGACGACGAUGAAGGUGUAAAAAACUCGGAAAUACCAUAUUGGACUAUCUUUAAAACAGCAUCCAUGCAACUGUACAAUGUUUUCAUGCUUUUCUUCGUAACAUUAGCAGUUUUUCCUGCUGUGCAUUCCGAUAUCAAGGUCUCAUCGCCGGACUUCUUCAUAAAAGAUCCUAUUAUGUUUAUUCAGUAUACGUGUUUUUUAACUUUUAACCUAUUUGCAAUGCUUGGAAGUUUGACAUCGUAUUGGAUUCAAUGGCCUGGACCAAAAUAUUUGAUCAUAGCUGUUUCUUCACGCUUGGUGUUUUUACCGCUAUUCCUGUUCUGUAAUUAUUUGCCCCUCAAUGUUGAGAGGCACCUGCCAGUUCUUAUAGGCAAUGAUUGGGUUUACUGGAUAAUCGCCGUCAUAAUGUCUUAUACCUCUGGUUAUUUCAGUGCUUUGGCGAUGAUGUAUGCACCACAGACUGUUGAGCCAAAAUACCAAGUCAAAGCUGGAAUGUUUGCUGGGGCAAUGCUCAUAAGUGGAAUAUUCUGCGGUAUUUUAUUUUCAUUCUUGACUCCUUACUUAGUUUAAAAUAUAACAUUUGUAUGAAAAUCCUAAGUGAAAA